AACACAAGAGAAACUAUGCCUAAAAAUAAAUCAGGCAUGACCAUAGAAACGGCUGCAAAAAAACAUAUGGUAGCAAAAACAACGCUGUGGAGGCAUUACAAAAAACGCAAACAAGUUUUACAGACCACCGCCACUAACACCACCAGCAGCAAUGCAACAAAAAAAGUGGAUUCUGUCUUUAGCAACGAAGAAGAAGUAUUCUUAGCUGAAUACAUAAAAACUUUGGGACAAUUGAAGUAUGAUCUUAGCCGCUGUGAUGUGAUGAAAUUUGCAUAUCUCAUUGCCUACAAGAAUCAAAAGGUAAUUCCAUCGUCAUGGUCAUUAAAAGGCGCUGCCGAUGAAGACUGGCUAAAUGAGUUUCUAGACCGACAUCCUUGCAUACCCUUGGAGCGUUGCGAAGCGACAUCAAUAGAAAAAGCUAAGGAAUGUUUAUCGCUACUGCUAUUUAAUCAAAUCUACAACUAUUUAAGUAAUCGCAGAAAUGAGGAUGUGCAGUGAAAUAACACAGUUGUGGUGUAAAUGGUAUAAGGAUGACGAAGAAACGCAAGAUUUGCGUGUUGUGAGCUAUCCAGAGAGAGAAGAGUAGUCUUUCUUUCUAAAACAAAAAACUAGCAGAGAGUGUGGAAAUACCAACAUUUCAAAAAGCAGUCUCAUUUCACUAGAAAAUGGAAGAUUCCAUAAAAAGGCCAUUUCAUGCGAAAAUUGUUUCCAUUAUCUAAAGAUGACUUUAUGGAUUAUUACUUUAGAUUAGUACAACAUAGUGUAGAGGAUUACAUGAAAAACACUUAUUCCGAACAUACACUGCGAUGCUAAAUGCAAAAUAAAGCUGACAGUAGAUUCAGACAAGCGUGAACUAAAUUUUAAAUCAUACACAUAAGGAAAAGAUAAAAUCCCAUAUUUAGUAAAUGAUAAAACAAACAUUUAUUGCUAUAGAAGAUUGUUUAGGACCCCAGAAAUGUAAUUUAAAAUCCUGCAAGUUUAAAUAUAUCUUUAAAAAAUUGUACAUAAUUGAAUACAUAUUUAGACAAAACCA